CGGCCAUACCGCAACCUUUUGUUUAUAUUUUUUGCAAAUAGAUUAAUCAUGAUCUAAAAAGUAUUAAAAGUAUCGAAAAUGGAAGUGACAAUAGCUCUGGGCCAUUUCUGUGAUGUACACGGCCCUUGCGUGAUACUGUGCACUGAAAGUACCCCUCCAGUACCACCUGAACGCGCUCUCGCAGCUGAUAUUCCCAAUUGCUCUGCUUGCGAAUCACUCGAUUCCAACACCGUGUAUUGUUGUGAGGAUGAAAAUUGUCACUACCUCAGCACUAGGACAUCUCUGAACGUUGAUACAGCACACUUACUCAAAGAUGCUGUUCUGAGAAGUUUCAGCAUCGAAGUUGUGGAAGAAGCUGGAAGAAAUUCAGGGACAAUUUAUUUUGGUGACAACAAAAGAGGCCAUAUCAUAUCCCAUGUUUUUAACAUAAAGGAUUUACUUGCAAGAGGUUUUAGAAGAAAAUAUUGCAUAGUUAUACUGGGAAAACACCAGGUAUCCUUGUUGAAUCAUUACGACUUUCUGGAGAAGAAUCUCAAUCGCAUCAGCACCGACCUUCAACGGAAAGCCAACGAAAUCAACACGGCUGAGGAUGACUCGCUGUACAGACGAAACGUCGACAGAAUGACGGCGGCGAGCAAAUUGUCGCUGAGACCGUUGCCGCUACUGGUGGGGGAACCACACUUGUUCGCCCAUCUACACAUGUGGUUUGUGUUUUUGUUGAGAGCCAACAUUUACAGGAUCCUGCCACAUGAGGUGCCAGAGUGCCCUGUACAUUGUUCUUCGGUGGGAAAGCUCAAACAUUUGAAGAGGGUCAUGACAGACACAGUUUUCAGAAUUGUGUGUUAUUGCGUAUUGACAGGCAUAAGAAUCGAGGAAGACAGCACCAACAAAGUCGUCCACCACUUCCGUCAAUUGCUUCCCCGUGGUUUCACCCUUCCCACUACCAGAACAGCAUGCCGCCUGUCUGAAACCCCCUCGGGACGGUCCGAAACUCCCUCGGGAAGGUCCGAAACCCCCUCAGGAUGGACCGAAACCCCCUCGGGAUGGUCCGAAAUCCCCUCGGGAUGGCCCGAAACCCCCUCGGGACGGUCCGAAACUCCCUCGGGAUGGUCCGUGGGUUUUGAGGGCACGCUGCCGAGCGCUCUGCCGACGCUGCUCGUGCGCAUAGAGGGCGCUCUAGACGACAAGGGCAUGUCGGAGAGUACGCUGAGGAGUCACCUGACCGAUCAGAUUAUGCGGUGGUUCAGCAUCGCGAGUGUGCUGAGUUGGACGCGAGAGGAUGCCAGGACAGAGAUGAUGCUCAAACUGGAGGUUCGGAAAUGCGAUAUGCCUCUGUUGUCCUAUUGGAUUCCUCAGAGCAGUAGAUGUGUUGAGCUGUCCAAAACUGACUGGGCUCAAAAGUCCUAUAGGUAGUAUCAGAGGACUUCAGUGAGGAAUUUAGGCACAAGGCAGCUGGAUGAAACCGGAAAUAUUCGUUGGAAAAUCCUUACAAAUGUUCAAUUUCUGACUAGUUUUGUUUCAUAAUUUAUUGAAUAAAUUUAUGUGUAGAUAUAUGCAACAAUAAAUUGUUAUCAACUCAACUGAACAUUAUUACCCUACUUCUAAGAUAACUCUGAUUCAAAUAUGAAUGAGUUACAGCAAGUCUGAAAAUUUCCAAGGUCAUUAGAUGACAUAGCAAUGACAUUUAAAAUAACAGGAAAACAUCCUAAGUUUUAGACAUGUUUUCCCAUAGUUUUUAAUGCCAUCACAACAUAAUCUAAUGACUUUGAGGAUCACUAGAGUCA